CCCUAGGCUCUGUGGUUUAACCCACAGCGCCACCCGUGCCCCUCCUGUGCAUAAAGGUACCAACCCCUUUUUUGCAUCUCCAGCAAAUGUCAGAGCUUUUCUUGCGCAUCUUGGCCAGUUUGGCCUGGGUCAGAUACUAUUGGUACAGCCUUUUCAUUAGGUUUUCUCUCAAAUUAUAACAUGCGGUGAACCUUAUGUCUUCUCUCCAUACUACAUACAGUUCCAUGAGGAGGCUUCUCUGCCCCCCAGGCAGCCGCCCCUCUCACAUCUUUCCAGGGGGCUGCCCUGAGGCAACCACCUCGCCUCGCUUUCCCCCGAUAACUUAGCUCAUAAAUACAGGCUUGUUUGAGCACUUAUGUCCGCUUACGUAAAAUACGACCAUUUAUGAGAAAUGCAAAACCGAUAAGCAAAGGUUUCGUUUUGCAGAGCUUGGCCUUGCCAAAAAGUCCGCUGAGUAAACAGGAUUGCAUCGGAUGGAGUAGUAUCAAGGGCAGGCUAUAAAACCACCUGAGGAGGGAGGCGGCGAGAAACAUUGAUGUGAAGUCUCUGCCUGGAGGCUGCUGUCAACUUCAGAGACACGGAAACUUGAAGACUGGCGAGGUCCGAUUAGCCAGCAGGUCUGUUUAUUCCGCUGUUUCAUGUCCUAUUGUGGAUGGAAGUGUGGUCUGAGUUUCCCCCGGCAGCCUCAUUUUGCAGCUUUGCUUGAUAUCCUGAGUCUGCCUUGGCUUUUGUAAGUUCCCUUGCAUGUGUGCACGAUAACUGCAAAUGUGCAUUUUGCGGCGCUGCCUCCGGUUGUCUUGAGUUAUCCUCUGCCUCAAAGCAAAAAGGUUUCACAGACGGAGGACUUCUGGGUCUGGGAUCAAGGAUUCAUGCCACACCACAGUCAUGGGAAGAACUGUCCUCUGAGUGAACGUUUUUAUUCUUGCCAAAGUCACCCCUCUGCACUGCCGAAGCCACCAACUUUUGCACCAUUGUGCCGGCAACACCAAACCCAUGGCAAGGUUGCGCCUGCAUGAAAAGUUCACGGAGAACAUGCCUCUACGAAUCCUUUCACAAACACGGAAGAAAGUGAACGUGACUCUGGAUCCCAGCACAGCGCAUGCCAACCUCAUCCUCUCCCAAGACCUGAAGAGAGUAAGAUGGGGAUGCAGGACCCAGGACCUGCCUGACAACCCUUCGCGAUUCGACUGGGAGCCCUUUGUGCUGGGCCAAGAGAGGCUCGCUUCGGGAAGACACUGGUGGGAGGUGGAAGUAGAAGAGGCGACGCCGCAGGCCCUGCGGACUUCGCGAGAACCGUCCGUCAGGAGGAAAGGAGAGUCUCGUCCAAAUGAAAGGCAAUGGGAGUUGAAAGAAAACAUGGAGAUCUGGACAGUGGGAGCUGCCAGAGAGUCCGUCGUGAGGAAAGGAAAGGUCAGUUUCAAUCCCAACGGGGGAAUCUGGGCUCUGGGCAAAGCCCUGCCAGACUCACUGAGGACGCCAUUGUCUCCUUAUCGGCUCACAGCGUUUACAUCCUCUGAGAGGACAAUCUUGAGCUUGAGAUACGAGCCCAGGAAGAUCCGGGUGUACCUGGAUUACGAAGGAGGGCGCGUGGAUUUCUUUGACGCCGAUACGGAUGACUUGAUAUUCACUUUCCCUUCAGCCUCGUUCUCCGGGGAGAGGAUCUGUCCCUUUUUCGGGGUGUAUUGGGGAGUCAGACUGAGCUGCUGAAAUCUCAAAUUCCCCAGCAAAACCCAAUGGCCGAGUGGCAAAUUCUGAACUGUGAGUGCUUUGUGAUCAGCCGCAUGUGAGGCAUAAAAGGGAAAUGGAUUUUUGACCAAUGCAGAUGUCGAGAGCAAGACAGCUUUCCUCCAUCACUCCUCUUCCUUGCUUUGCUUAACACCUACGUUCUGGUGGACUCAAAACCUUUUAUGAUUUUAUUGUCUGGUUUUAUAGGUUGCUGUAAACCACUGACAUUUUUUUAUGAUACAGCAGUAUAGAAGAAGAAGAAGAGUUUGGAUUUGAUAUCCUGCUUUAUCACUACCCUAAGGAGUCUCAAAGCGGCU